CAAACAUCCGAUCUAUAUAAAGGAAGGAACAACCUUUUACUGUUUCUCAUCAAACAAAUCUCGCCUCUUGCAACUUUCUUCGAAUCCUCCUAAACCUCUUGCAAAAAAAAGUUCGCAUCUUUGAGAAGAAGACAAUGGCUCGUACGAAGCAAACCGCAAGAAAAUCCACCGGAGGAAAAGCUCCCAGGAAGCAGCUCGCCACCAAGGCGGCGAGGAAGUCUGCACCGACCACCGGAGGAGUGAAGAAGCCUCACCGUUACCGUCCCGGAACCGUGGCUCUUCGUGAGAUUAGAAAGUACCAGAAGAGUACGGAGUUGCUGAUCCGUAAACUCCCCUUCCAGCGUCUUGUUCGCGAGAUUGCUCAGGACUUUAAGACGGAUCUGAGGUUUCAGAGCCACGCUGUUUUAGCUCUUCAGGAGGCGGCGGAGGCUUAUCUUGUGGGUCUGUUCGAGGACACCAAUCUCUGUGCCAUUCACGCUAAGAGGGUUACCAUAAUGCCCAAGGAUAUUCAAUUGGCCAGAAGGAUUCGUGGAGAACGUGCUUAAGAUGAUGUAGUUUUCCCCUAUUCAGUUUAGAUUACUAUCUUUGUAUUAGUGUUUUUGCCUUUUCCCUUUUGUUUUUUUCUUCCAAAAUACAUGUUAAAUCUUCUCAACAGUUCGUUUACUCAAAACAAUCUUUUAUUAUCAAUGAAGUUUAUUUGUUUUAACGA